AUAAAACAGUUUAAAACAUAAGAUGCUCUGAAACACCAUCAGAGUCUUUAGAUAAAAUGACGGCGUUACGAUUUCUUACGCUGUUUCUCUAUUUUAGUGUGUUUUGUCAUUGGGGGUUAAGCGUAAGAAUUAUUGGAGGACGUCCUGGUUACCUCCCUUACCAGGCUAGCUUAAGAUUGAGGACCGGUUCUAAUCAUUUUUGUGGUGGUACAAUAAUAGGUCCAUUCUACAUAUUAACAGCAGGGCACUGUAUCGUUAUACAAAUCGCCUCGAGAGCCGCCAUGCUUAAUCCGCGCGCCAUAUUCGUGGUAGUGGGGCAAACGGAACUGGAGAUGAUGACAAACAGUACAAAGCGAAAUGUCGCUAAAAUUGUUGUUCAUAAGGAUUUCCAUCCGGGGGCUGCGGAAAAUGAUAUCGCCUUGUUGAGGCUAAACUCAGAGUUGCCAUUAAGUCCAGAAAUGCCGAUAAACGCGAUUCCAUUAAAUACUGAUCAUCUAAAGGCCGGUGAGACUUGUGUUGCUUCAGGAUGGGGAUCCAUACAACCGUCUCCUACAAAACUAAACCAUGAAUUGCAUUUGGUUGACGUACACGUUUUUACUUUGAAUAAGUGCUCAUCGAUGUAUAGAGUAGCAGGUGUUACGCUACACCCUGGGAUGUUGUGCGCCGGAUCGUAUGCUGGGGGCAAAGACGCUUGCCAGGGUGAUUCCGGAGGGCCACUGGUUUGUAGCGGAAAAUUAGUGGGGAUCAUUUCCAGUGGACUGAGCUGCGCGGAUGCCGACUUUCCCGGGGUGUACACCGAUAUUGUGUUCUACAGAGAUUGGAUUCAAGAUGCAAUGAGGACAUUGGAUAAAAAUUAGAGUUCGUACACCUAUCUAUUCAUAUUCUUUUUUGGAUGAUUGUUAAAGUCUUAGCUAUACCUAUACAACCUAUUUUUAUGAGCCCUUUUAAACAACUAGGAAUAAGAAAUGAAGUGGAUAAGAAAAAGCAAGACAUUAAACUGUAAAAGGAGAUUGUUUUGGUCAAAGCCAGAAUGUAAGAAACUACCUGGUUACUGUUAGAUUUCGAUUCACAUUAUAUGUAUACCUACCUCAAACAUAAUAUUAUGUACCUAAAUAUUGUAUAUAUGUAGCGCCGUCGGCGUCG